GGUGGGAAUUAAAAUUAAAAUAGAUAGGGGGCGAGCCGGCAUCGUUGCUUUGCGCGGCUCUGCAGGCGAUCUGGUUGGACAGCUAAAGAGUGGGGCCCCGGUGACCGGCGUCGGUUCUUGCGGACGGGACGCUUGUAGCAGGCGGAUCUCCAGCGGAUUAGCGGCCGCAUCCUCGACAUGCCUUCAAUCAAGCUCCAGAGCUCUGAUGGAGAAAUAUUUGAAGUUGAUGUGGAGAUAGCAAAACAGUCUGUAACAAUCAAGACUAUGUUGGAAGAUUUGGGGAUGGAUGAUGAAGGUGAUGACGAUCCAGUACCACUUCCAAAUGUUAAUGCUGCAAUUCUUAAAAAGGUGAUUCAGUGGUGCACUCAUCACAAAGAUGAUCCUCCUCCUCCUGAGGAUGAUGAAAACAAGGAAAAGAGAACUGAUGAUAUCCCAGUAUGGGAUCAGGAGUUCCUGAAAGUAGACCAAGGAACACUAUUUGAACUAAUUCUGGCUGCAAACUAUUUGGACAUCAAAGGUUUGCUUGAUGUGACAUGCAAAACUGUGGCAAAUAUGAUCAAAGGUAAAACUCCAGAAGAAAUUCGUAAGACCUUCAACAUCAAAAAUGACUUUACUGAGGAAGAGGAAGCACAGGUGCGAAAGGAGAAUCAAUGGUGUGAAGAAAAGUGAAAAUUUCUCUGCUUGGUAAUUGUUCUCUAAUACACUGAAAUAAUUUUUCCAAAUGCCAUUGCACUGCACUGUUUUGUAAAUGUUAAUUAUUUGGAAAAUGCAGAAAAAGGGGAAAAAAAAACAUUUAGCAUUUUUGAUUGCAUGAUGGUUCCUUGUUCCGAGCCCUAUGUUCUAGCCUUUAUCUUGUUAUUGGAUUGGAAGUGAUAUCCAGUUUUGCACCACACAAUCCAUUAUAGUAGAGUGACUUCAAGAGGAUUAGAAUGCAUAUGUGUUAUUAAAAUUUAAAGAGUGUGGACUAGACAGGAAUCUUUUAAUACUAUGGAUAUGUCUGAUUUUCACAUAAUCUUGUCUGGAAGGCAAAUAAAAACAGCAGGGUGUGCAGUGAAGGGGUUUUGUUCAGAAAUCAGCAGGGUAAAUUUGUUGAAAUGAAACUAAUUCUUCAACUGAGUAAAGCUGUAAAAUAAUUGAAAGGUUUACAACAGGAAGAGCUUACUGAGGUAUGUUUUUAAACUGAUGAAAUAUUUUUCUCCUUUGUGCUUUGAUUCUUCAUGCAAGUUUAUAACCUGUAUUCUGUUCUUACUGAAAUAUUUAGCAAUGCACUUGUGUUUUCAAGUCCCCAAUGACCACUUUGUAUGCCGACCAGGAUUGUGGUAUGCCUUUGUAUUCAAUGAUCAAUCUAAAUCCACUUGCUAGUGUGAUGUAUGCAUUAUUACUUUUGAAUCUUUAUGAUAUCCUUGAUUUAACUAUGUUUCAUUUUGUUUUUGACUGGCUUUCCCUCUUUCACUGCAUUAUCCUGUAAUUGUCUUGAAUGACUGUAAUAAACAGUAUUGUAUGUUUUAAUUGGCCUAAGAUGCUAUUGAAAGAGCCCAAGUAGGAUCUCCAUUGGAACUUCCAGCAACACAGAUUUAAUAUAAUUAAUACAACAGAUGAGAUAAAUGCUACAACUUGAAUAGGAUCCUUCAGUUAUUUGGAUUUGUUAACUUUACUGUACAUUACCACAAAUAGAAAUCUUUAAAAUAUUCCAGCUUUCUGUAAUUAUUGUAUGAUUCCUGUCAUCUUAUUAUCUAAUAAAAUAAACCCAUAAAUUA